AAAAUAAUUUUACUUAGCAUAGCAAGCCCUAAAAUUAUCACAUUUUCAUGAAAGUACUUCUAUACAAGUGCAUCUAAAACUUUAAAUGAAGAUAACAAAAAUUAGUUAAUAGGAAUUUAUCUCAUAUUUGGAAACUUGAAUUUCAUCCCUUAAAUUUAAACUUAUACAAACAAAUUAAUUCGACACCUAAAUCUCUUCUCAAAUAUAAAAAUUGGGGAAUGAUAAUAUAAAUAACGUUACGCCACAGGCCCACUGCCCACAAGUGGCCUAUCUGCGUCUGUUCUAACGGUUCCGUAUCUUCCAAACCACGCAGCCUAAAACCCUCCGCAGAUUCAAAACUCUACGCCCAAUCUUCCUCGCUUGGUUACUCCGCCAUGGGUUCCCACAAGAAAAAAGACAAAACGACGACCGCCGCCGCCGCCACAAGCACCACCACCGGCACCACCACAGCAGCCGCGAACCAAACGUGCCCCAAUCCCUAUUGUUUCUUCUGCACCAUGAAUGAACCAGAGCCGCCCCUCCGCAGAGCAGGAAUCGCCAACUGCUUCAAACAACUCCCUCUCAGAGACGACCAAGAACACGUUCUAGUCCUCAGCGGCCUCUGGAACAUCGCCAUGACCCAUCCCGACGACCCCGAGUUCCCCUCUCUCGGUGUCUUCCAAUCCAUGGCCAAUUUGAUCCGCCGCGGCGUCGCUGACCGACACUGGCUCCUCCGCCACCAGAACGUCUACAUCCCCUACUACGCCGCCCACGUCAUCGGCUCCUACACCAUGAACAGGGCGGAGUUCGCCGCAAAAGCGGUGGACGAAGGAGUGAUUCCGCCGUUGUUAGAGCUCGCGAGGGGAAAAAUCAGCUGGGUCGAGCAAAGGGUCGCCGUCCGAGCCCUUGGACACCUCGCCAGCUACGAGCAGACCUUCGAAGCCGUGGCGGCGCACGAAGAGGAGGUGGUGAAAUUAGCCAUGGAAGUGGCUUCAACCUGCCUUGAGGCUGUGUACGUUGAGUUUGUGGGAGUGAAGGAUUUGAAGAAGAGGGUGACGUAUCACAGUGACUUGCUCACGAGAGGAAUUGGGGGAGUGGAAAUGGAGGACAGGAAAGCAGAGGAAUGGGCGAGCCAGCUUCAGUGCUGGUCUCUGUAUCUUCUCAAUUGCUUCGCCUGCAAGGGGAGGGCUUUGGGUAUCAUUUGCCGGCGAAAUUUUUUGCCGGAAUUGGGUGAGAUGUGGGGGGGAUUGGUGAACCACUCCUCGCCGGCCGGGGUUGGGCUAAUCAGAAUCCUUUGUUACAGUGAAAUUGGGAGAAAAUGCGUAGCAGAAGCAGAGCAAGUUGUUGAAAAACUCUGUAAUCUCUCGAGAUCUUGUGAUGAUUGGCAGUAUAUGGGCAUCGAUUGUCUUCUGCUACUUCUCAAAGACCUAGGUACGAGGAGCAGAGUUAUUGAGAUUGUCGCCCCGUUCCUUGUGGAUUUGAUUGAACUUAAGAGCCUCGGGGACAGAGCACAUUUAGGAGACACGAUAGCAAGAACAUUCCUUUCGGAUUAUAAGAACGGAAAACCAAAAUCGAAGAACAAGAGAGUAGAAAAAGCUUUAGAAGAAAUAUGGGAAUUGAAGGUUGGGAGGAGAAAGAGGGAGAAAAUGUUGUCAGAAGAGAAGAUUCGGGAGAGAAUGGUGCUGGGGGGGCUGCUAAAAAAACAGGGGAACCAAAUGUUUUGGUCAGGGGAGGUAGAGGAAGCCGUAGCGAAGUAUUCGGAGGCAUUGGAACUUUGCCCACUAACGAUGAGGGAAGAGAGAACGGUUCUCUACAGCAACAGGGCUCAGUGCCAUUUAGCGCUGAGAGACCCGGAUUCCGCCAUUAGAGACGCAACUCGAGCUCUGUGUCUGUGCAACCCCGCAAAUUCCCACGGAAAAAGCCUGUGGAGAAGAUCGCAGGCUUACGACAUGAAAGGGUUGGCCAAAGAGAGCUUAAUGGACUGCAUAAUGUUCGUCAAUGGCUGCCUGAAGCAGAAUACGACGCCCGCGCCGACGACGACCCAGAAGCGCGUGAAGAUUCCGUACUACGCGGCGCGUAUGAUCAGCAAGCAGAUGGACGCCACGUGGCUCUUCUCCGCCGCUCAAUCAAAGAUCGGUGCCCGCAAGGAGUGCAAAGGACAAGAAUCUGGCGAGAGCGGGAACGACGUCGAACAGGGGAAUGAGGAAAUUAUGAGGGUGAUAAUGGAGAACAAGAGUUUCAGGCUGCAGGGUCUGUCAACCAUUGCAGAGGAACCCUUUAUCGGAAAGUUGGGAAAAGCUGCCGGAAAGAAGAGGAGGGAGAAAAUCGGAAGCUGCAGGAUGUGCUUCAACCAUGAACAUGAUGGGCGAGUUAUGGCCAUCUGAUCUUGUAUAUGUGCUCGUUCAAUUCUAUGACAGAGAUUGGACGAUGAUAAUGAUUUUUCCUUUUGGGUUUAGACAAAUCGAUCACUCUUUGCACUUUGAAUUCAGAAAGCCGAUUUUCUUGGGGGGUAGGUUUCUGUAUUUGUCCAUGCAUGCAGACGAGGAAGACGGGGGAGGACCACUACAGCAUUAUGGGAAAAUAUAAAUUUAGGGAAGAGGAAAAAGACUGAUUGACGUACCUUCCUUCCCUCCCCUUCUUUACUUGACUUUGGGGUCGCCGGCGGCGAGCUUGUUAGAAAUUUAAAUUGUAAAUUGUUAGGCUUAGGCUCAUUUUAGCGGGAUCUGAAGUUGCUGUGUUCAUCUUUAUCAGACUAUGGUUCACUUGAGAAAGUUAUGCCCUGCGCAUGUAUACAAGAGGUAAUUACUUGAAUUUCAUACUUGGUCUUUGUCAAAUUGUAUGUUUCGGGGGCAGCAGAAUUUGAUUUUGUACUCUAAAUUUUAAUAUAAAUUUAUAUUAUAUUUUAUUCAAAUUC